UGUCCCAUUUAUCCAGCCUGGAAUCGUUCUGCGCAUUGUUGCUGUCAUUACGGUAACCCUGACAGCGGCUCUGGGUGUCAGCUGAUCCUCAGUUGGAAAAUCAGCUGCAAGGAAAACACUGCUGGUUACUUCAAGCCAUGGCUGCGGAGAUACACUCGAGGCCCCAGACCGCCAGACCGGUACUUCUGAACAAAAUCGAGGGACACUCAGAUGCCAUCAAUGCAGCUGUUUUAAUACCAAAAGAAGAUGGAGUUAUUACGGUCAGCGAGGACAGAACUAUCCGGGUUUGGCUGAAGAGAGACAGCGGUCAGUACUGGCCAAGCAUCUACCACACAGUCUCCUCUCCAUGCUCUUGCAUGUCGUACCACCAUGACAGCAGACGCAUCUUCAUAGGCCAGGACAAUGGCGCUGUUGUGGAGUUUCUCAUCUCUGAAGAUUUCAAUAAGAUGAACCACGUCAAGACAUAUCCAGCCCACCAGAACCGUGUGUCAGAUAUGGUGUUUUCCCUGGAAAGCGAGUGGGUGGUGAGUACGGGCCACGACAAGAGUGUGAGCUGGAUGUGCACCCAGAGUGGCAGCAUGCUGGGGAGACACUACUUCACCGCCUGGGCCUCCUGCUUACAAUACGAUCACGAGACACAGCACGCCUUCGUCGGCGAUUACUCAGGACAGAUCACGCUGCUGAAACUGGAGAAGCAGACGUACUCCACCAUCACCACACUGAAGGGUCAUGAAGGUAGUAUAGGAGUCCUGUGGUGGGACCCCAUCCAGAGGUUGCUGUUCUCAGGGGCCUCCGACCACAGCGUCAUCAUGUGGGACAUCGGGGGCCGCAAAGGACGAACGCUACUGUUGCAGGGACACCAUGAGCGUGUCCAGGCCCUGCGUUACCUCCAGUUGACCAGGCAGUUGGUGUCGUGCUCAGUUGACGGAGGCAUCGCUGUGUGGAACAUGGACACACCCAGAGAAGAGGCACCCCAGUGGUUAGACAGUGACUCAUGUCAGAAGUGUGAGCAGCCUUUUUUCUGGAACAUCAAGCAAAUGUGGGACACUAAGACCCUGGGGCUCCGACAGCACCACUGCAGGAAGUGUGGCAAAGCUGUUUGUGGGAAAUGUAGUUCUAAACGCUCAACGUUCCCAAUCAUGGGCUUCGAGUUCCCGGUGCGGGUGUGUGACGCCUGCUUCGACACCAUCAAAGAAGAAGAUCGAACACCGUUGGCCACGUUCCAUGAGGGGAAACACAACGUCGCCCACAUGGACAUGGACCCAUCUAGAGGCCUGAUGGUCACAUGUGGAAGUGAUCGCAUUGUUAAGAUCUGGGAUAUGACGCAGGUGGUUGGCUGUAGCUUAGCAACAGGCUUCUCUCCACAUUGAUUGGUCCAGCCCACUACACGGUCCCCCCUCUCUCUCUAAGCUCCGCCCAUCCUCUUCCAAUGUCAUGGAAACCGCUCUGUACAGUAUAUAUCUCCCCAUCACGCCUGAGCUCCUCAGCUACAGCCAGGCCUGCUCUUUGUGAAUGUGUGUGUGCGUGUGCGUGUGUGCGUGUGUGUGUGUGUGUGUGUGUGUGUGUGUGUAUAAGUGUGUGAGUGCUGAUGGUGCAGGUCUCCACAUUCUUUUCCCUUCUUAUAACAAACUGUCCUUUAAUUUCACUACUCCUCAGUCCUACAUGAAGGUGAGCGCGACUGAGUUUUGUUGUUUUUGUUGACUUUUUGCUCUAAUUGGAAACAGAACCCUAAGCACAAUAAUGGUGUGUAAGUGUGUGUACAUGUGUGCAUGUAUCGUAAUUAUUCCUCCUAUGGGAGGAAUGGUGUUGAUAUUAGUGUUUACAUUUAAUAUUUCUGAUGCUUCUUUUUGACAAAGGUCAUUUUUUUUAUUACCUUUGCACUGUAACAUUAGGUUUCACAAAAUCACUGACCUGCCAGUCCUGUAAAAAAAAUAACUAAAAAACACAUACACUAGCUUGUGCUUAUAAUUGUGGCCCACUAACUGCAUAUUACUCAGUCACUGUAACAUGUAUAAAAACAUAAAAAUCUGUAUAUAGCCCAGUAUGUUUAUAAUAGAGUUAGUUGCUUGAAAUUACUUUUUUCCCCUCCUCUCCUUUAUUGAUUUCUUGUUUUCUCUUUCACUAGUUGGCCUUAAAUCACUCUCAGGAGGUUUUACAUCAGUAGGUUGUCACUGGGCGGGGCUUUUAAUGUCAGUCGUAAACCAUCCCUAACGUCUAAUCAUUGGAGCAUUGUAAGAAAAUCAAUAGCAACCACUUGUUGAUAGACCAAUGAAAUCUCUGGGUGCAUUCGAAGAUGCUGCCGCAGAAAUUCGAUGCAGUUGUCAGAUGUUCCCGUGACGACGUUGACGCAUCCUCUCACCUUUUUUAAGAUGUCGAGUGAGGCGUGGAGUUAUGUUGCUGUGGUUAUGUUUUGGUCUCAUCGGACACGUUGUUGCAGCCGUCCUGAGAUGAACCAUGCAAUUUUGAUGAGUUUGAGAUUUCAUUUUGUGGCUUCAACUUCUUAAAAGAUAUAGCACAUCACUAGCAUGUAUCGCUCUCUUUAGAAAACUGGGUGUAGGUAGAUGUGACACAUGGCGCUGAUGGUAUAAACCCAAAACUCUAAUGCCUUGUGAGAAUUACUCCUCAUCUGUAAUUUCAAAAGAAAUUAAAAAAAAAAAAUUGGACAUUAUAUCGUGGUGCAAAAUUGGAUCAACUUUAACCAGAAAGAAACAAAGGUACAGGACAGGUACUCUGAACUUAAUGUAGCAAAUGCUGGCGUGUAGACGUCUUAGCCAGCAGAAUCAGGGCUGCCUGUGUUCCUUCAAAAGCCUUAAAGAGAGAAGGACACACUCACAAAGCCUUUUUUUCUUUUUUCUUUUUUUAAAAGUAGUUUGUCAGUGCUUACGACUGUUCACUCAUUCACCGUCACGCACUCACUUUGUUAUAACGCCGUGGAUGUCUCGUUUGCGGUCCUUUUCAUCCUGUUUUUCCUUUAACUUUUACUCUGAACUCUAAAACUUUCCAAUGCGCACACACACACACACACAUCUGUCUCAUAGCGCUUUCACCACUGCACUGAAUUGCACAACUCAUGGUCUUCGUUGUGGACUUAACACAUUUAUUGCAAGUUCUGAUCUGGGAGAGAUAAUAGCUGGAUUAGAUGUAGCGUCCUUGUAAGUAGUGGCUAAUAUCUAACGCUUGCCUUAUUGUAAGUGGGGAAAAAUGAGCAUUGUAUUGUUUGAGUUCCUGAUUUUAAAUAGUUACAUUCCAGUUUGUUUGUUUUUUUGAUUAUGUAGUGUAUAUUUAUAUUUGUAGUAAAGUAUUUAUCUAUCAUCACUGUAAAUGGUUGUUUACUUUUCUUCGUGCCCAUCUAGUAGUCUUUAUUUCUUCGUGUUAGCAAACUAAAGCCCAUGCAAACUCUUUAUGACGAGAUGAAUUGAAAUGUCAAAUCAUGCAGUAUUUUACAUCCUAACAAGGACAGACAGAGACUGGUUGGUUAAUCGAGUCACAGCAGUGCUUGUUAUGUGACUGCUGUUGUUUGUUUCCCAUCAUCAAUGUACAGAUCAAUAGAUACCUAAAUGUCACAAUAUAAUACUCGGGGUUAGACUGAAAGCUGAAACUGAUUGAAUUAGUCAGUAGCCAAUAUUAUAUACUUCUGCUAUCAGGGUGACAUCAGUGGACAUGAAUGAAUUCUGGCUGCUCUUGGGGGUAAAACGUGCCUUAAGUAUCACAAAACGUUCCCAAAUGUGUCAUUAAAGGUGCAUUAAUAACUUUUUUGGCCAUUUUGGUGUUGAAAAGAUUUUAAACACUAUAAAAAAAUAUAGUGAACGUGUAAUCAAAAAGUCAAUUUGUGUCACUUGGGGCAGCAGAACAAGCAGAAAACAACACUGACAUAUAAAGGAAAAAAUUGAAGUCCAAUUUUCACUGUUAGAAGUUCAUUUUUAGCUCAGUUUUGGUCUCCACCGACUCCUGAGGAAAAAUAUCUGCCUUUUUAUAGAAACUUAUUGCCCCACCAGGUUCAGUAAAUAGCUAAAUGCGUGUUGCUAAAUGUGACUGGGCAUGUUGUGUAUGUUAAUCAAAAGCUUUUUGCUGCCAGAAAUAAGAUUAAUGAAAGCAAAAUUGUAGCUGAAGCUUUUAAAAAGGAUGUUUUCAGGGAUUGUACCGUACUUAAAUUUCUAUCAGAUUAGAGAUGGGUAUUUACUGGCUUAUUAAGAAUUUUUAGUCAGCUCCCAAUUUUUGGGAAACUCAUCAGUUAGUCUAACCCCAACUAUUAUAAAAACUCAUGCCACAAAGCAUCAUCAUGGAUCUACAGGGUUAUUGACGAUGCUACCGUACAAUCAGGAUUCAAGCUCUCUUUUCCUAUUUCAGUUAACUCAACACAGAAGCUUCUUCCAGUCAUUAUUUCUAAUCAUGUCCUGGUAACAGAUUGUGUUCUGUGAUUUAAAAAAAGGAAAAUGGCUUUCUGCUCAAACACUGACUCUGGGGUCUUAAUGGACAUGAUGUUAAAGGUUUGAUAGAUUGGUUAUUUGCAGAAAAAGCGAAUGAAACACAUCUCCAGAUUGCCAGACUGUCACAGGAAGGAAGGAAUAGAUUUAGUCAAGUCAUAAAUUGUUUAUUUCUUCUUUUUAUUUUUAUUAGUCACCGGAUGGAUGUCUUUUUGUUUAGUUUUUGUAAUCUUCAGUUGAUCAAACACUAGAAUGGUCAAGCCUUCAUGUUUAUGAGAGACCACAUUAAAACUUGAUGACUCAUUUCCCUCCACCACCAGGGCCCAUAUAGCUCAAACUCUGUACAUUGACUUCUGCUGGACUUUUUUUCCUCUUCUAACUGCUUGUAAAAGACACUUGCUGUCCCCCAAAAUGAUGUUGUUAAUGUAUAUCUCUAAAUAAUUGUAUUUUUAAAUACUUUUGUUGACAAUACAGUACUGACUUUGGUCUCCCCGUGGCCUUAAAACUAGGUCGCAGAGAGAAAAGAAUCAAUGCUUAAUAAAAAUAUUCUGAUAUGUUUA